AUGUCAGUCGCACACGGAACGCACAUGCGGAAAUGGCUCCUCUCCUUACCGCCCGUCGAAUACAUGAUCCAAUACCUACGCGAAACAUUAAUAGGCGCACUGAAAUGCGGUCCGAUACCCGAGCAUAUUGCCUUUGUCAUGGACGGCAACAGGAGAUGGGCGCGGAAGUCCAAGGUGGAAACGGUGGAAGGGCACAACAUGGGCUUUGAGGCAUUGGCUAGGAUCCUCGAGGUCUGUUAUAAGAGCGGCGUGCGAGUCGUCACCAUCUAUGCCUUCUCCAUCGAGAACUUCAAGCGCAGCAAGUACGAGGUCGAUGCGCUGAUGGACAUGGCCAAGACGAGGAUUGUUCAGCUGUCGGAGCAUGGAGCAUUGCUUGAUCAGUAUGGUGCGAGCGUGAGGGUGCUGGGAGACAGGAGCCUCAUGAGGCAGGACGUUCUGGACCAGAUCGAUCGCGCAGUGGACAUGACCAAGCACAACGACGCCGCACUCCUCAAUGUCUGCUUCCCAUACACGAGUCGAGAGGAGAUCACCCACAGUGUGCGAGAAACAGUGCGCGACUUCACAAAACCGCCAUCCAGACCAGCUUUGAAGCGACCUUUUAGCGAAACUCACAUCCAGCGUAACAUUCUCAGUCGGCAGUUGCCUUCAGUGGCGGAAGAAGAUCAGCUACCAAAGGAGUACCUCCCAUUCUCCCAGUCAAGAUCAGACGAGACCCCCAUACCCUCCGACAGCGACUCUGCCAUCUCAGAGCAAGAUCUAGAGGCAUCUUCAAAUCUACAACCCGCAUCGUCCCGGACCAGCCACUCACCUUCGCCCAAUCUCAAGCCUACUUCGCGAUCAAGUGACCUGCCAGACCCUGAAGAUAUCACAGUAGCGACCCUGACGAAGAACUCCUACACCUUCGACGCGCCACCCCUCGAUCUCCUGAUACGAACAUCAGGCGUGCAACGACUGUCGGACUUCAUGCUCUGGCAGUGUCACGAAGACACUGAGAUCCGCUUCCUGGACUGCUUAUGGCCCGAGUUCGACCUAUGGCACUUCCUUCCCGUUUUGGUCGAGUGGCAGUGGCGGCAGAAGAAGCUCGCUCAGGAAGGCAAGGUGCACUUGAAGACAGCAUGA